AGUAGGGACUAACAGAUAAAUUAAAUUACCUUAAUUAAUUGCCUUGCGUUGAGUUUUUCACCAUAGGCCAUAUAUAUAGUAAUAAUUAGUAACCAAAACAUAUAUUUUCAGCAUGACCUAUUCAUAUAUAUGAUUGAUUGUCUCCUUAAUUAAUUAGUCAGCAGAAACUUCAUUCAUCAACUACUCUUCCACCAACACCAUGAUCAAGUUCAUUUCCUUUUACUCUUUCUUUUAACUUUACUUGUUUAGUUUGAGACAAAAAAAUACAUCAUCAUAAUAACAAUGCAAAUGAGUCACUAGCAUUGAAGUUUGUGUCCCAAUGAUGGAAGGUGUGUUCUUCCUGCCAGAAGCCGCCAGAACCGGUUAUCUUCGCUCUAUAGUGCAGUCUGUUGGCUGCGCCUACAUUUGUCUCUGGUCCUUUGAUCCCACUUCUUCUCCUAAUAAUCGGUUGUUCUUCUUGGAUGGUUUCUACAAUAACGUCAGAAACAACCAACAAGCAAGCUCUUCUUUGGGGAGUGUGGCGCAACAACUCUUUAAUCAGUUCAGGACUUUAAGAUUUGAUGCAAAUGAUGACCGUAUUCCUGGACUAGCUUUUAGGAACAACCGUCCGUACCUAGAGGUGCAGCAACCGGAACUUCUCAGACUCGCAUGGACUCAAAUACAAAAACAAUUCUUUCAGGAAGCAAGGAUUAAGACUGCUGUAUUCAUGGGGUGCAACAAAGGGGAAAUUGAGCUUGGUUUCUUAAAUAUGUCUCAGGCUGAAAUUCAAACAGCACUUAGCAGUUUGUUCCAGGAAGAUUUCUCUUCUGGUCGGCAAAUAAUGGAUCAUCAGAAUAAUCCACCCUCAUCAUCUUCAUCUUCUUUGAGAUCAUUAUCUACAACAGCUGGCAGCCCUGAAUACUCCUCUCUCCUAUUCAACAUUCCUCCGGCCGGAGCCACCGCGGGAGCAAUAGUACCUAACACAAUGUCUCCUUUGUCAUCCAACACACAAUCAGCAUUGCUAACUAAUUACGUAUUCCCGAGUCAUCACCAGGAGAUCGAAAACGAGACACUAAUGAGAGUGUUCCUGAACGCUAUAUCACCACAACAGCAUCAAAACUUGCCUUAUAACAUCACUGUGGUGCACCCUGAGGGUAGCGCUUUCAAGAGGUACAGGACGGAACCGGAACCGGGACCGGAACGGGGGCCGGAGAGUUUGCGGAGUAGGCAAAGCCUUAUGAAGAGAUCGUUAGCGUUCUUUAGGAGCAUCAAUGCUAUGAGAAUAAGGGAACGGAUUCAAGCCACUCGCCCCUCUAGCACACAGCUUCAUCAUAUGAUAGCUGAGAGAAGAAGGCGCGAGAAGCUCAACGAUAAUUUUCAGGCUCUUAGAGCAUUGCUUCCUCCCGGAACUAAGAAAGACAAAGCGUCUAUACUAACAACUGCAAAGGAGACACUGAGUUCAUUGAUGGCGGAAAUUGAAAAGCUGAGGAUAAGAAAUCACGAGUUAGAAUCACGUUUGCCUGAAAGCAGCAAAGAAUCAAGCGCUACCGAUCAAGAAAUUAGCAAAACUAUGUUAUUGGUGCCACCAAACGAGAGAUUUCAUGUUCAAAUUUCAGAUGUGCCACAAUCAUCAUCAUCAUCAUCGUCAGAAGAGAGAAGGGUGGAUUUGCAUGUGGCUUUGAGGGGGCAAAUUUCUCAGAUUGAUGCGGUGAUUCGGUUAUUGGAGUUCUUGAAACUGGCUCAGAAUGUGAGCUUGGUUACCAUGACAACAAAUACCAAUAAUGUUGGUCAAGGGAAUAAUAAUUAUAUUAAUCAACUAACAUUCAGAUUAAGGAUUCUUGAGGGAAGUGAAUGGGAUGUUUCUGCCUUCCAGGAAGCAGUGAAAAGAGUUGUAGGUGAUUUGGCACAGUUCCAAGUUGACCAUUAGAGCCUAUAAUAACAACCCUCACUUACAUCAAUACCAUAAUUCAUGGAUUAUGAUGCUCACUUCUAGCCACAAGUUUUGUGUAAUAUAUGUUUUAGUUUCAUAAUUAAUUGGUUUCAUUGACUAAUAAUUAGAUUUUUACGCUUACUUUUCUAAUUCGGUUCAUAUUUAUAUUCUAUAA